CCGGCGCCGUCGAGGGCCCGCAGCGCCAGGCGGUAGGAGCGCAGCGCCGCCGCGAAGUCGCCCCGCGCAAAGUGGACGUUUCCCCGCUCCCGCUUCUGCGCGCCCAGGCGGAGGCGGGCGGCGGGCGGCAGCCGCCGCGGGUCCGGGCCGUCGCGCACCUCCAGCAGCGUCACCUCAAAGAGCAGCGGCGCCUCGGGCGGCACGUCGGGCUCCCUGCGGGCAGAGCACCGGCUGCCCCCUGCGCCGCCCGGCCGCGCCUCCCCCCGCGCCCGGCCCCACCUGCCCGCGCGGCCGUAGCCGUAGGGGAAGGCUGCGAGGAAGAAGGACACCUCUCCGGGCUGCAUGGUGGGAACGCCCAACUCCAGCGCCUGCGGACACACGGCACGGGCUGGCAUCGCCGGGCGCCGGCCCCGAGCCCCGCGCCCCCGCCGGAGCAGACCUGCACGACGUCGCCCUGGCCCGGCACGAAGCUGAGCCGCGGGUCCCGCUCCACCAGGCCGCCGUCCUCCAGGGCCCCCAGCACCUUUACCGACACCUCCUGGCCCGGCCGCGGCGGCGGGCCGCCCUGCCCGUCCCGCACCACGCGCUUCCGCAGCAGCCGGUCCUCUGCGGGAGGCGGCCCGUGAGAGCCAACCCCCGGGCGCCGCCGCCCCGGCCCGAGGCUCCCGGCCCCGGCUCCCGGUGCCAGGGGACUCACCCGUCAGGUCGCUCCAGCCCUCGGCGGCGAAGAGCGGCGUGAAACCGGCGGGGCCCAGCGCCGCGAGUCCGUCCAGCCGCCGAUAGAAGAGCUGCUCCUCCUCGCGGCCCGACGGCACCGCGAUGGUGGUGUGGGGCAUGCGGAACCGGACCCUCCUGCCCCGGCCUGGCCCCCGCGGCCGCUCGCCGGACCCCGCCUCCCGCUCUGGGGAGCCGCCGCCUGCAGAGGGUCCCUGCAUGCCAGCCCCCGGCCCCGCUUUCCCCCCGCAGCUGUGACCCGGCCUCGGCCCAGGCGGGCCCUCGCUCCCUGGGGCUCGGCGGCGGGCUCCCGCAGCCCCCAGCCCGUUCCGGGCGCGCCGCCUCCGGCCCCGCCGCCCCGCGACUGCCCCGGGCAGCCCGGAGCCGGGAGCGCCCACGAACGCAUCCCGCCGCGCCGUUACCUAAUGCCCGGAAGCCGCUAAGGGGAUUAGCGGUGACGGCAGGGCUUUGCGAGCCGCCGGCAAAAAUAGCCGGCUCAGGUCGAGCUCUGACGCCGGGGUCCCACCGGGACCAUCCCGGGACCGGCUGCCCCGCCCCGGAGCCGCCCCUCCCCGCCCCGGUGUCGCCCCGCCCCGGUGCCGCCCGGCGCGGUCCCGCACUCGGGGCCAUGCCGCGGGCGCGGACGGAGCUGCGCGGGCGGCUCCGGUACCGGGGCUGCGGGCGGGGCCCGCGGCUCAGCCUCCUGCACGUGCGGCUCUCGGAGGCGGCGGCGCGGGCGCUGCGCGGCUGCCAGCAGCGGCAGGGGGCGCCGGGGCCCGCGAUCGCCUUCCAGGGGAGCCAGGGGUGCCUGACGGUGCCGGGAGGCCCUGGGACAUGUCCGCGGCUCUUUGCCUUCUUCCUCUCCCGCUGCAGCCGAGACGAGCCGCAGGCCAGCUUCGAGUGUGUGCGGCUGGCAGCGCCCCGACUAGGUCAGAGCUGGCUGGACAGCGUGGGCAGCAUCCAGGAGAAAAUCACAGUCUGUGCCUCAGAGGGCACCUACUCAAUGCUGCAGGAGCGUGUGUCCCAAUCUAAGGAGCCCUGGAGCAGAGCAGUCACUGAGCCAGAUGUGGCUGUGCCUGGCUAUGGCAAAGGUGUCACGGCUCCCGAGAAGGCAGGCACGGUCAGCGGCACUGUCAGUGUGCUGCAGCAGAGCUCCCUCUGUCACAUCCGCGAGGGCAAGAACCAUUGGCGAACAGCAGCCAGUCCCAGGGCCGCUGCCCAAAGCCUGGUUCAGCUCCUGGCCCUGCGGCCUCACCGCAAGCAUGAGCUCCUGCAGCGGCUGGCGGGGACGCAGGCAGGCCGGCCCGACUGGGCAGGGCUGCUGGCUGCACUGGAGGAGGUGGCAGACCUGGAUCCCAUAGAGUGCUGCUACCGCCUGAAGCAGUCGCUGGUGGGGCGGGUGCAGGAGGACUGGCCAGGAUACACUGCCCAGGAGCGUCGGCAGGUUGCCCUGCUGCAGCACAGCAGUCAGCCCCACGGCCCCACAGCCCGGUCCUUCCUGGUGCCUCUGCAGCAACCGCUGGAGUGUGGCUCCCCUCUGGGUGCUGGUGGAAACCAUCUGGGAGUGAAGCGCCUGGCACUGCUGGAUUUCUCCAACCCAAGAGUCAGCAAGAGGCACCGGAGCUGCCUGCGGACAUUUGGCACGAGGCAGCCAGGAGCACGGGGCCAGCAGCAGGCUGGGCCUCUGCCCCCGAGUAGUGACACCAGGGAGCUGCAGGGUGCAGAACAGGGGGAGAGCAGAGAAGAGGCGGACAAUGACCAGGAGGAGGGCGCCCCAUGCCCUGAGCAGCGCUGCUCUGCACCCAGAGACAACAGGUCCCAGCCCAGCAGUUCCUCCUUAGCAGAGAUCCCAGAUUACUUGCGAAAAUACCAUACCAUCCGCUCAGCAGAGCAAUGCAGAUCUUACGAGGCAGCGUUCAGUGCAGACUACGCUGAGUACCGCUAUCUGCACACUCGCAUUGGUAGUGUGAGCCAGAAAUUCAUUCAACUGGGAGCUAGAAUGAAGACAUUGAAGCAAGGAACAGAGGAGCGCAAGGCACUUGAAGCUAAGAUUUUGUAUGAAUACAGCCACUUCAAGAAGAGUUAUCCUAGUUACCAGCAGGAGAAGAACCGCUGUGAAUACCUGCACCAGAAGCUCUCCCACAUCAAAAGUCUGAUUCUACAGUUCGAAGGAAGAGGAAACUCCUAGGCACACCACUGCUGGGAUUCCUUUCCUUUUUUUUUUUUUUUUUUUUUCUUCUCAGGACCUGUUCUUCCUGGAACAGGAAGGUUGGAGGAAUGGUUGGAGGAAUUAGGUCCCCAAAAAUGCAUUAGACUAAAGGUGAUGUUGAAGAAUGUCCUACAGGCCUAGGGUAGUUGCUACCUGGGGCACAGACCACUUGGCAGCCAGCAGCAUAUUAGAGAAGGUAGAUAUGGUUUAAUAUACUGAUGUAAUAGAAAUUCUUGUAUUUCAGAAUUGAUACUGCAUAGCUGCUAUAGCCAGAAAACUAUGUGCUAAGUGUUGUAUGAUCUACUGUACCUGGAAGAUUUCAGCAGCAAUAAAAAACUGGUACACUGCCUUUUGGAAGUGUGGGGGAGGAAACCACAAAGAAAGCACUAGUUCUUACCAUGGUAACUGCUGCACCAUGGUAGUACCUCAUAAGUCUGCUGUUCCUUGUUCCAAUCCACACUCAUCCUGAGAAACUCAUAUCCAGGGCAACAGCCUAUCUUUGUUUACCCACCACAGCACUCCUGACCUUUCCAAUCAGCACAUUAUGGGACAGAGGAAGUUAGGACUGCUUGUACCAAAAUGGUCAGUCACAGCCCACACCAUCUGACUGGAGAAUAGGAUUGCAUUCCUCUCCUGGAGGAAGGUAUUGCUACAGUCUGUUUUCUACCAAAAAAAAAAAAUAAUAAAAAAAUCUUACAAUUAAGUGGUCUUAAUUAACUGUCCUAACCACACACAAAGUACAGACAACAGAUCUUCAACAAGCCUACUGGAUGUUAAAAACACCAUCACUGGCUUUACCUGUGUUUGGGAAGAAUAUGUUGUUACUAGUGCUCCUCCCCUACACUCAACUAAUUUUGCAAAAUUUAGAAGCUUAAUGCUGCUGCUGGUACGCUGCUGAUCAAACCUGAUGACAUACUGCUCUGUAAGUCUGCAUGUCUAGAUCCAGCAGUCCCAUUAAGUACUAUGUACCUCUGAAGUCACCAGAGCAGCAUUACUACCCUACCAGGCAACAUGCAGACAGCAAAAGCAUUUAUAAACAGGGUCCCUGAACCCCAAAUCUGCACAGCUGCAGCACCUGAAGCAGGACCCAUUGGGGCAGUUGCUGCUACUAUACUCUGGGACAACCUCAUAUCUGGACAAAGAGACAGUCUAAAGGCUGAGCCUAAAGGCUCACUGAAGUAAACUAGACUCACAGUAGGAAGGUGCUGACUAGAGAGCAGCAGCAGCCUGAUGUUAUGUUUGAGAUCUCCAUAUGACAGAGACACUUUGGUUUAAGGGGGUCAUUUUAUUGUUUCACUUCUCCAAAUGUACAAAAAAAAUUAGAAAAUAACCCUACUCCCACCCCCUCCCAAACCACAAAACAAACCAGUCUGGGGAGCCCCACAACAGUGCAGCUAAGAGACGGCAGGAAAUUAAACAGAA